GCGGCGACGGCGCGACGCGCGACAACGACACCGCGGCAGCGACACACACGCAGUAGCCAGUAACAGCUGCGCGCCGUCCGCCGACGGUCACACGACGCUUGCCGUCACAUUUUCGCCGCCGCCGCUGUCAUGUCGAUUGUGUACGCGUCCCGUACGAUGGACGUGGUGCUGUUCGUCGCGUGUUCCUGUACCUUUUUCGGCGAGUUUCACAAGUCGUCCGCCGCCGUGCCGUAUCAGGACGAGGAAAAAGAGUUUAUAAUCAAUCAGUUGGCAAAAAUUAUCAAGGAUCAAAGCUAUAGGAUGCGGAAUAAUCUUCAGGACCCGUAUCUGAUUCCCCUCGAUCAGAUAGACGAUGAUAAAGGGGCGUUCACGUACGACCUGGCAUCGCAUCUACCUGAAAUAAACACUGGAAAUCAGGAAAUACCAUUCGCCGUAUUACCCAAUGACCGUCGUUACUAUCAACCAGUUUUUUCCAGUCAUUUGGCACCACCUGCAGAGGGAAAUUGGCCCCGCAGAUAUCAUAAAAAGGAAAGGUCUAAAAGCAGUGAAGUACAAGAUAAUUUGUCGUACGAUUCAAACGGAUAUGUUUCAUCAAAGGUCACCACUGAGAACACGAGCACCAGUGAGGUAUCGAUGGAUUUACCACAGAGCAAUUUUAUGCACGUCAUGCCGUUUUCUACUCAUUCAAGGUUCAGCCAAGAUGAUUACUAUUUCUUUGCCAAAGCCGCUGGCGUCGGUCUGGCCGUACUGGUCGUCCUGCUCAUAUCGUCCAUAGCAUGUUAUAGGAUGCAAAAGAACAACAAGGCGGCUGCGGACAUAGAGUAUCCAGCCUACGGCAUCACCGGACCCAACAAAGAAAUGUCGCCCACUGGCGACCGGCGCUUUGCACAGUCCGCCCAAAUGUAUCAUUAUCAACACCAGAAACAACAGAUCAUCGCUAUGGAAACGAACAGUUCGGUCAAAGAAAAUCGAUGCGGUUCGGUUAGCGAUCCGGACAGCGAUGACGACAACGAGGAAGGCGAUUACACAGUUUACGAAUGUCCUGGAUUAGCACCUGCAGGAGAAAUGGAAGUGAAAAAUCCGCUGUUCCUGGACGACAACACGCCGGCAUCUCCCAACGCUGUUAUAACUAGUAAAGACAAUAUUCCGGGAAAUGGUGUCAUACCGACAGUACCCGUCCCAUAAUAGAUUACUAAUCACCUACCACUCUAUAAAACAUUCAUCUAUAGAUCCAAAAUGUCAAAAAUUUUAUUUAUUUAUUUUUAAUUUUAAUACUUUAUAUUAUAAUUAUUAUUACCUA